UCCCCAACCCCAGUUGCUGCUUUUGCUUCGGUCACCCGGUCAGUGCUGCAGACAAGCCACCCCCUUCCUCGCGUAGACUGCUCCCCCCACAAACAAAAGCAAUCCUAAUCUCGGAUUCGAGGCGAACGAGCGGCGGCGAGGGAGGGGGACUAGCGGCGAUCGCGAUUGGAGUCGGGUGGACACCGAUCGCGGCGGCGCUCUGGGGGAUCGGGGUGUGGAAUCGAGGGGGAGGGAGGAGGAGACGGAGGCGAUGGGGCGGCUGUUCGUGAUGCACCUGGAAGGGAAGGUGUACAGCUGCAAGCACUGCCACACGCACCUCGGCCUCUCCUCCGACAUCAUCUCCAAGUCCUUCCAUUGCAAGCACGGGAAGGCGUACCUCUUCAAUAAGGUUGUCAAUGUGACUUCUGGAGUAAAAGAGGAUCGCAUGAUGAUAACCGGAAUGCAUACUGUGUCUGAUAUCUUCUGUGUUGGCUGCGGAUCCAUUGUUGGAUGGAAAUAUGAAGCUGCACAUGAGAAGAGCCAGAGGUACAAGGAAGGGAAAUUUAUUUUAGAGAGGUAUAAGGUGUCUGGUCCUGAUGGCAGCCACUACUUUGUUACACAUGAUGCUCAUGUUGGGGGAAGCGACGUGGACGACGUAUGAAGCACAACUCGACAUGCUCAAGCCUUAUCCAUGUAAUCCAUGUAAAUAACCCAAGUGUUUGUUGGUCUUAGUUACCCGGGGAUUUGCUUCCAUUCAGAGCAACCCCAGCGUAAUUGUUGUCCUAGAUGACCUAAUAUCCUAUCAUCUUCCUUCAGGAGUUCAGGUUAUUAUUGGGUGUUACCGUCUGUAUAUGCAUGUAACCAGUGAUGCCUGUAGUAGCCCCCUAAAAGCUGUUGUAAUCCUGGAAUGUAUCUCAGGCCCUAAUGACUAAAUAAAAUUCUGCUUCUCAAGAAUCUCUCUA